GUCCUAGCAUAAAAUGUCUCUAAACCAAACGACUCCUUAAAGGACUACUUAGGUUUUAUAGCAAUAGCAAAGGGGUUUUUGAAUUUCAAAUUGUUGAGCCGAAAGCGGGAAUAAAAGGCAACGAAGCAGAAGCCCAAAGAGCAUUUUCUCCAUUGUUCUGCAAAAAACUUACUGCUUCACCACCAUCACUAUACUCUCUCUAUUACUCAGAAAUGGCUAAGCCGCCGCAACAGCAGCAACCUCGAAGCCUUAACCAACGCCAUACUCAGAUUCUGAUUAACCUUUCCGCUUCUCAUUCUAAACCCCCUCCUGAUGAUUUGACAAAAGUGGAAGCUAGGCGACGUUUCAAUCAAAAUGAUGCCGUUCCCACUUUCUCUGCAAUCACAGAUUCUGAACCUGAUUCUUCUCCUUCUCCUGGAGACGAUGGCGUUCCUAGUUUCUCCGGGAUUGCCGAUUUUAGUCCCUAUUCUGAUACAAAAUCUUCUCCUCCUGUUCGAUUUUCUUCGAAUGACAUAGGAGACGACAGCGUACCUAAUUUCUCCCGGAUUGCUGAUUUCAGUCCCGAUUCUGCUACAAAAUCUUCUCCUUCUGGAGAGGCAGAGGAGACUGAUGAUCAAUCGAAGAUUAACAAUAUUAGUGCUUUUGAGAACGACGCCAUUCCUAAUUUCUCUGCCGUUGCUGAUUUCGGUCCAGAUUCUGCUAAAUCUUCUCCUUUUGGGGAAAAUGAGAUUGAUGAAUCCAAGCAUGAAAUUCAAGAGGAAUUAAGUGAUCAACCCGAGGAUUCUUUCGAUUAUCAGUGUUGUGGAAUCGGGGAAAAGGAGAUUGACGAUGAACCCAAGAAUGAAAUUCAAGAGCAAUUAAGUGAACCACCCGUGGAUUCUUUUGAUUCUCACUGCUCUGAAAUCGGUAAUCUUGAUAGCUCGUCUAGUUCUGUGGAAAAAGAAAUUGAUCAACCCAAGAGUGGAACCAAAGCGGACCCACUACUAUCUAAAAUUGAUGAUAACAGUUCUUCACUUUCUGUGGAUAUGGAACAGUCCAAAGAUGUGUAUGAAAAUUGUGAACAAUCUCAGAAAGGCCAGAAAGAUUAUGAGAAAACAUCUAAUGAAGAAGAGGAGAAAAUAAUGAAGAUAAAGAUCAAAGGCCGUCGCCGCCUUUGCAAAAUUUCAGAGGAUAACAAUGACAGUGAGGAACUGAAGCUAAAGGACAAUGAAGAGUCUGGAUUUCUCGAGAUAACAGAUUUUGAUUCACCUCCUCCCCAGGCGAAAAAUGCAGUUCAGAAUGAACAUGGUAGUUCUGGGAGUGAAAUAAGGGAUAUCCUGAAUGAUUUAAGUUCGAGACUUGAGAUUUUGUCUAUUGAGAAAAAGAGGGCACCGAAGCCCAGUGAUUUGACUAAGAAGGAUGAAAUUCCGGAUUACCAAAGUGCUGGUUCCUCAUAUGAUACAAUCAAGGAGUCUAGGAUUAGAGGAGAAAUUCACAAGGAGUCUCUGAAGGAGAUCGAUUUGGGGGGUGAAUCUAAGAAUGACUAUGUUGUCCGGAAAUUGAAUGAUACAAGGUCUUCAGUUGAAGCACCAAAGAGAAAAGAAGUUAAGAUGGUUGGAAAAUCACAGCCCAUGAAAAACUCUUUAUCUGCCUACAAAUUUCUGGAAGGAGACAGUAAUGAUAGUGAUGGUGAUUGUGUGGUCGUUGGUGACAAGAGUGCUAUUACUCAAGUGGGAAGACAUAACAGGAAGGCUAGACUUGAGCGUAAACAUUCAGAUGACUUUGAUUCACGUGAUUUUGUUUCAGAGGAGGAUCACACUUACACUCUCAGUGGACCAAAGUUCAAUUACGGGUUACCUGGUAAAGUUGCCAAAAUGCUGUAUCCUCACCAGCGUGAUGGUUUGAAGUGGCUUUGGUCUCUUCACUGUCUGGGUAAGGGUGGUAUUUUAGGCGAUGACAUGGGUUUGGGGAAGACCAUGCAGAUAUGUGGCUACAUAGCUGGAUUGUUUUAUUCAAAGUUGAUAAAGAGGGUGUUGAUUGUAGCUCCCAAAACUUUGUUGCCCCAUUGGAUCAAGGAAUUAACUGCUGUAGGGCUUUCUCAGAAAAUAAGGGAAUAUUUUGCGACUAGUGCAAAACUCCGGAAUUAUGAGCUUGAAUAUGUUCUUCAGGACAAAGGCAUUCUCCUCACAACAUACGACAUUGUUAGAAAUAAUGUAAAGUCUUUAUGUGGUGAUCAGUAUUUCCUUGACAAAGAUGAGGAGUUGACAUGGGAUUAUAUGAUUCUUGAUGAGGGGCAUCUCAUAAAGAAUCCCAGUACACAGAGGGCUAAAAGUUUGCAUGAGAUUCCUUGUGCUCAUCGUAUCAUUAUAAGUGGCACACCUCUUCAAAACAACCUCAAGGAGUUAUGGGCUCUAUUCAACUUCUGCUGCCCUGGGCUGCUGGGUGACAAACAAUGGUUCAAAGAGAAAUAUGAGCAUCCCAUUCUUCGUGGAAAUGAUAAAAAUGCUUAUGACAGAGACAAGCGUAUUGGCUCAGCAGUUGCAAAGGAAUUGAGGGAACACAUUCAACCAUAUUUUCUGCGACGUCUCAAGAGUGAGGUAUUUUCCGAUGAAUCCUCGGCCGGCGCAAAACUUUCCAAGAAAAAUGAGAUUAUUGUGUGGCUUAAAUUGACAAAUUGUCAGCGGCAACUCUACACAGCUUUCUUGAAGAGUGAGAUUGUCCUCUCAGCCUUUGAUAGCUCCCCACUGGCUGCACUUACUGUAAUGUUCAGAUGGACUUUCUUCCAUGCCUAUUCUCUUUGGUUAUUUCACUAGUUUUUACUGGAUAUA